UCAGACCCAUUGCCUUUAAAUAUCCCAACUCCAUCUCAAUACACCGCCACCACCACCCUUCACAAUUAGAACCUUCUCUCUCUCUCUCUCUCUAGAAAAUAAUAAAAUAAAAUACAGCAAACACAAAAGCACAACCAAUGAUGCCAGCUCUCUCCAACCCCGCCAAGCUGAUCAUCAAGUACGCAAACCCAUGCUUCCAAUAUCUCCUCACCCACAGCCUCGCCUUUCUUCUCAUAAUGCUACCCCUCACGCUUCCAUUACUCUUUCAACCAGUUCUACUUCUUCCCUCCCCCCUCCUCCGCCACCUCCACACCCUAAUUCAAAGCUACUCUCUCCACAACCCAACCCCCCUCCAAUUCUCCUGCCUCUCCUUCCUCCUCCUCUCCGCCCUCUUUAUCUUCCUCUCCAAACCACGCGCCGUCUACCUCGUCGACUAUGCCUGCUACAAACCCCCCUUUACCUGCCGGGUCCCCUACCCUACUUUUGUCGAACACCUUAGGCUCGUUGCCGCUUCUCGCCCCAAAGUCAUCGACUUCCACAUCAGGAUCCUCAGUCGCGCCGGCCUCGGCCAACAGACCGCCCUCCCGCCUGCCAUCCACUACAUCCCUCCCACCCCCACCAUGGCCGACGCCCACGCUGAAGCUGAGCUGGUCAUAUUCUCCGCCAUGGACUCCCUCUUCCACAAAACCGGAAUCAAGCCCAGAGACGUCGACAUUCUCAUCGUAAAUUGUUCCAUCUUCUCGCCCACGCCGUCUUUAUCUUCCAUGGUCAUUAACAAGUACAAGAUGAGGAGUAACAUCUUGAGCUUCAAUCUCGGCGGCAUGGGGUGCAGCGCCAGCCUCAUAUCCGUCGACCUGGCUCGCGACCUCCUCCGAGUUCACUCUAAUUCCUACGCCGUCGUGGUAAGCACCGAGAUCAUAACGUCGAACUAUUACAUGGGCAGUCAGAUGUCGAUGCUUGUUCCGAAUUGUCUAUUCAGAAUGGGAGGCGCCGCGGUUCUUCUCUCGAACAGGCGGUCCGAACGACGCCGAGCCAAGUACCGGUUGGUUCACUUGGUUCGGACCCAUAUGGGAGCCGAUGACAAAGCCUACAACUGCAUUUGCCAAAAAGAAGACCCGGAAGGGAAAGUGGGGAUUUUGCUAAAAAGAGAUCUUAUGGGCAUAGCCAGCGAAGCUCUGAAGACGAACAUCACCACCGUGGGGCCACUCGUGCUUCCGGCGGCGGAGAAAGUGAAGUUUGUUCUGUGGAUGGUGAGCCAGAAGGUGCUGAAGCUGAAGCUGAGGCCGUACGUUCCGGACUUCAAGAAGGCUUUCGAGCAUUUUUGCAUCCACCCGGGGGGACGGGCGGUGAUCGACGAAAUGCAGAAGUCCCUACGACUAUCGGAGGAAGAGGUGGAGGCGUCGAGAAUGACGCUGCAUCGGUUCGGGAACACGUCGUCGUCGUCGAUAUGGUACGAGCUGAGCUACGCGGAAGCGAAAGGGAGGAUGAAGAGGGGAGAUAGGGUGUGGCAAAUAGCAUUUGGGGCUGGGUUCAAGUGUAACAGCGCUGUGUGGAAGUGUAACCGUAGUAUUCAGCCGGCGCUGGCGGACGGACCGUGGAAUGACUGUGUUUACCAGUACCCGGUGACCAUACCUGAAGCUCUCAAGCUCUAGCAAGCCGUCGGUGAUAUGAUUGUGGAUUUGAUUGUGUAAAUAAGUGAGUCCGCCCUACAAGAAAGGAGGUCGUGCUAUGGAACUUGGUCGGUGAUGACCCGAGUCCACGCGACAGCACCUGACGGUGUUUUGUAGUUGGCCUACACUAGUGAAGGCGACGCUGUUGUCUUCAAAUUGCACAUCAUAUACGCUGUUGUCCCAUAUGUAGCCUUGGUUUGUGAGUAUCUCCGUGGAUGUUUGAAACUAAGAAAAUCUUUCAAAAAAGGGCAAAAAAAAAGAAAAAGAAAAAAAGGGAGGGUGGGCGGUUUUGUAGGAAGGGAUUUACUUUUUUAUGUUUGAUUAUUAAGAAAAAGAAAAGUAAUAUAUAUAUAUAUAUAUAUAUAUAUAUAUAUUAAUCAAUAAACAUAUGAUUUUGCAUUUU